CCGUCCCAUGCCUACUACUGCCCACCAGACCACACCUCACCUGUCACAAAUACACAAUCCACCACCCCCAUACAGCAUCUAUUCUUUCGUUUUAUUUUAUUUUUAAAGUAUUACUACUACCAUAUCUCUUCACCUUUCCGUUUCCUCCAUUUCUUGGGAGCUUCCUUAUCCAUUUCCUCUUCUUUUACGCGUACUCCCACCGCCUACUCUCGCAGCUUCCCCCUCAGGCUCACUUCGCUUACAUUUCCAUUUCCCAGAUAAAACAUUAGCCAAAAGCAAAAUGGAAGUUACAGGAGGCUAACUUUAUGCGCUUCUAUGGCCUUGGCAGGUAUCUGGGCAAUGUGUGGGAAGAGUAACAGUUCAGGAAGCAGCAGCUUAGAUAGUACAAUCAAGAAAAAGGACAUUAGUACCCAAAGAGGUGGAAUGGAAUUUGAGUCCGAUUGGACAAAGCAUUGGAAAUCAUCAGCCUUCACUGCUCAAGCCAUCCGUUCAGCAACAUCUUUUAUGCCUUGGUCUUGUAAAAUAUCAAGAAAUGAAGGAUUUCACGAAUAUCUUUAAUCGGUAGCUGAUUUUUCUGUUAAGUUGAUCUUUGUAGUUGAGAGACAUAGAAGGAAUUCAUGAUGCUUCUGUCCACUUCCUGUUUGAGAAUUUCUUAUUCAAAAAAUGCCUAAUUUUGUUAGUGGAAAGAAGAGAGCUACCGAGUUGAACAUGUGUUUCUCCAACGCUCUCGAGCAGGGUACUCCACCUCGCUCAAAAGGGGGUUCCUGCUUAACUCCAAAGUUCGUUGAUGGUAUCCAUAGUCCUGUCUUGCCUGGGCUGCCCGAUGAUGUGGCAAUGUACUGUCUUGCACUUGUUCCUCGAACUAAUUUUCCUGCUAUGGGUGUUGUUUGCAAAAGAUGGAGGUCUUUUAUCCAAAGUAAGGAAUUUAUCAGGGUUAGAAAACUAGCUGGCAUGCUCGAGGAGUGGCUUUAUGUCCUAACUGUUGACUCUCAAGGAAAUGGGAGCCACUGGAAGGUUAUAGACUGUUUGGGACAGAAACAAAAUGAAUUCCCCACAAUGCCUGGUUGUGAGAAAGUUGGUUUUGGCGUGGUAGUUCUCAAUGGAAAGCUUCUCAUAAUUGCUGGUUAUGCCAUGAUUGAUGGAAAUAGAUCGCCCUCUGCUGAUGUUUAUCAGUACGAUUCUUGCCUCAACAGCUGGAGUAAGCUAGCGGACAUGAAUGUUGCGCGCUAUGAUUUUGCUUGUGCUGAGGUAAAUGGCAUGGUCUAUGCAGUUGGCGGCUAUGGGAUGGAUGGUGAAUCUCUCUCAUGUGCUGAAGUGUAUGACCCUGAUGCUGACAAGUGGACUGUAAUUGAGAGUCUUCGCCGACCACGGUGGGGAUGCUUUGCUUGCGGAUUUGAAGGAAAGCUCUAUGUAAUGGGAGGUAGAUCGAGUUUCACAAUUGGAAAUUCAAGGUUUGUUGACGUGUAUAACACUGAGAGGCACACCUGGUGUGAGAUGAAAAAUGGUUGUGUCAUGGUCACCGCUCAUGCUGUGGUGGGGAAGAAACUUUUUUGUAUCGAGUGGAAAAACCAGCGGAAGCUGGCUAUAUUUGACUCAGAGGAUCAUUCAUGGAAGAUGGUGCCAGUUCCAGUAACUGGGAGCUCAAGCAUCCGAUUCCAGUUUGGCAUACUGGAUGGAAAACUUCUUUUAUUUUCACUGCAGGAGGAUCCCGGUUACAUUACCCUUCUGUAUGAUCCAAACGCACCCCCUGGCUCAGAGUGGCAGACCUCAGUGAUAAAGCCAUCCGGUUCGUGCAUGUGCAGUGUCACAAUCAAGGCAUAAAGUGGUCGAUUUCAUCAAAGAUGAUGAUGAUUUCAGUGGCGUUCUUAAAGGGUCUUCCCCCCGGUUUCCGUGUGGGGUUCCGUUGUCCGUUUAAAGAAGCAGUUAUGCAUGAUCUAUUGUAUAGUUUUAGUAAGCUGGUUGAUUUAAGACUAGUGUGAUUAUGUCGUCUUGUAUGAGUAAUUUGCUUGCGAAGCUUUACUGACAUAAAUCUUGAGCAGCAGUUGUUGUUGUAUCUCAAAUGUUAGCGGCGUCUGUGAUGGACUGGGAUGCA